AUGACGAAACAACACGUUGUGCUUGAUAAUGGUUCCUACGAGAUAAAAGCUGGAUUCAAUACACUGGAUUCGCCGCUCGUCAUUCAAAACGCCUUGGCCAAAGCUCGUGAUGGUGUCAUAUACGUCGGCAACGACUAUCUCUCACAUACAAACCUUUAUUCUGGGAUUAACUUCAGGCGACCCCACGAUCUGGGCCACUUGACCUCCUGGGAGGUUGAGAAGACUUUAUGGGACUAUACAUUUGAUCAGCUAUCUCCUCAAAAGGAGCUUGACCUACUGAAUAUUCACUUGACCCUCACAGAGACACCCUUUCAGCUUCCUCAACUAUCUAUGAACACAGACCUCAUUGUAUUUGAGGAAUACGGAUUUGGCGAAUACUAUAGGUGCAUACCUCAAUCUUUGAUUCCUUGGAACGGUGGAGACAAACCUCUAGAUUUUACAAUCGUUGUCGAUUGCGGAUUCAGCUCGACUUGGGUAGUUCCAGUCUUAUAUCAGGUUCCGUAUUGGAAAGGCAUAAAAAAGCUCCCCAUUGGCGGUCGUCACCUCAACGGGCUACUAAGGGAAACAACUUCCUUCAGGCAUUACGAUAUUACAGAUGAGCCCAUUCUUUUAAAUACACUCAAGGAAAAGACUAUGUUCGUCGCUGAUAAUUUUGGAGCUGCUUUGAAUAAGAAGCUUAAAUACAAGUGUGAAUUUGUCCUUCCAGACUUCAAAACCACGUUCACAGGUUACGUCAAAUCGGAGGAUCAAAGUCCCAGUGCUGAUGCGCAAACCUUGAAGUUGUUUGAUGAAAGAUUUACUAUUCCUGAGUCCUACUUUCAUCCAGAGAUAAUGCUUGAUAAUAAUAGUCUUUCGAACUCACCAAUGAUUCAGAAUGCAAAUUUCAAGAGUCUAACGGACUUGGUGGUGGAAUCAAUUUACUCCUGUCCAGAAGCUGCUAGACCUUUGCUUCUGGCCAAUAUAAAUAUCGUGGGUGGUAGCAGCUACAUACCUAACCUCCCUGAGCGUCUAAUUGCCGAACUCAAAAAGGAGCUCCCUGUCAAUUGGGAAGUAAGGAGCCUUCCGCAAAACCGCAAGCUCAAUGAAGUGGCAUGGUAUGGUGGUGCGUCUUUAGUCAACGACAAUCUUUUUGAAGAGAUCUCCAUCUCGAAGCAAGAUUAUUUCGAGCAUGGUGCAAACUGGUGUCAAAAACAGUUUGGUUUCAAAAACUUCUGA